GGGCAGACUACUAUAGUGGAAUUUGACUCGUUAAAAACUGUUUGGUGGACCUCUCUCAUUACAUCACAGAUAUAUAUUUUGCUAGUGCAUCACGAUAACCUCUAAAGUGAGGCGGGUACUAUCAAGGCAAGAGCAUAGGGCGGUAAGCUGUACCCCAGAUAAUAAAAAAUAAAUUAAAAAUAAAAUAUAGAAUGAACAGUAGUGAUAACUCGGACAUCACGUCACUUGCAAGUGAAGAGUCAAGCUCUGAUAUUUCGGGCCCAGUGCAAUAUGAUAGCACUUUUGCAAACAAGCCAUCUUUUCUCCGAAGAAUCUCAACGGGCCUUUCAAUCCAAUCAGAAAGGCUACGAGAUUUCAAUGAUGUAGAAGAUGAUCAAUACAGAGAUUUGUUAGCGUCUCUGAAUCCAUUAGAAGAUGACCAAGGAGAUUUCUUUGGAGCGCAAAUGUCUCGUAGUAUCACUCGGGCGAAAUCCAGGUCGGAUUUGGAAGAUUUCCCCAUAGCAUAUGGUGGAGAAGGUGCAGAAGAUGGAGAUCGGAAGUUUGUGCCCGCCCCUCCACAACGAAGAAAGAGUACAGUAGUGUCAACCAUUCAAGCUAUCACGAAAAAGAUGGGGUUUUGGGAUGAUGACUUCCAUGCUGAUAGGAUCAAGAUUAUUGUUACCUUCUUAUCCAACUAUUUAUAUCUCUUGAUUGGCUUUGUAAUCGCCCUUUGUAUAUAUUGGGGGUCAUACUUUGAUAGAACAAGUCGGUAUAAAGAUUUAAAAUUUGCAGUCAUCAUUGGAGAUUCUCAAGUCGGAGACCUCCCACCAAUUUUGGGAGAAACUGUGGCAGCAUUCUUUACAAAUGUCACGGCAAUCAAGGCAUUGGGGAAUUACCACAUUAUAGACUAUAAAACAAUAUCAGAAGCUGCAUUGUCUCAAAAUAGUACCAUUAAUGAAGAGGUAUAUCGUCAGAUUCACCAUCAAAAGUAUUGGGCAGCCUUUUAUGUAAAGGAAAACUCUACUCUACAAUACUAUCAAGCUUUGAAACUGGCAUCUUCAAAUUUCAAUACUGGUGAAACUUUACUUGAAUUAGUUUUUGAAACAGGUAGUAAUUUCAAUGCUGUUAAUAACUAUAUUCAAACCAUUGUUGGAACUCUAACAAAAGCAUUCUAUUCAUUUGUCCCACAAACUCCAUUCCAUGCUACUCUCAUGGGCUUACUUAAUGACGAAGAGAAGUUGAAUGUGAUGAAUAAUAGCCCCCAAUUAGUAACAUCAAUUCCAACAUUUAGAUGGGUUGAUAACAUCCCGGUAACAAAUCAAAUUUUUACCGGUGCCCUUACUAUCGGAUUAAUUUAUUUGGUUAUAUUUUCAUUCUUUCAAUUUGUAUUCCUGAUGUCUAUUCAUGCGUACAUUGCCUCCAAAAUUACAGGGAUUAGAUAUUUGGUAUUCAGAAUGCUUGCAUCUCAAGUUGCUUAUCUUGUGAUUUCACUUUCAUUUCUUACUUUAAACAGAGUCUUUGGUAUUCAUUAUAACGUAACUUUUGGAAAUCUGGGAUUUUUCGUUAUUUGGGCAUUUUCAUUCUUAACUAUGUCCUCUUUGGGCAGUCUUAUUGAAGCUCUUGCGCUUGUUUGUGCAAUUUUCAAACCACAAUUAAUCGGAUUUGUCAUGUUAAUCGUUGCUGUUUUCAAUGUUGCUCCAACCGUCUCUCCUAUUGUUCUUUGUCCAAAGUUUUACAGAUAUGGUUACGCCAUGCCGGUCUAUAAUACUUAUGAGCUUAUGCAUGUGGCUUAUUUUAAUUCUUGGAAGGGUAGAGUUGGGUUGAAUAUAGGGAUUUUAUGUGCUUGGAUUCUUGGUACUAAUAUACUUAUUCCUUUUGUUAUGGUAUGGAAGGCAAAGAAACAAGAUGCUAUGGUAGCCGCAGCCGCCGCAGCAGCAGCAGCUGCUGCUGCUGCUGCUGCAUCCUCUGAAAAUAAUGCCGCUGACGCUUCAAACACUUCUGAUUCUGAUUCUAAUCACCCGGAAGAUUCAGAAGAAACAAACCGUGAUAUAAAAGAUGAGAAUUGAAAACUUUAUUAUAACAAACUAUAGAUAAAUAAUUACUUCAUCUCAUUCUUAUCUAUAAACAUUUUAAUACAU